UGAAGUCUAAGAAAGAGAUCCAGUUUCGUGUGAUAUUUAUCUUUCUGUACGUAUAUAUAUCUAAUCCAGUAUUACAUAUAUAGUUUUUGUGUAUUUAUAUAUCAUCUAUUGGUAUCAGUUAGUGAGUGAGUGAUUCAUAUAGUGAAGUUAUGGGUGCUCUGGAUCAUAUCUCCCAUCUGUUUGACUGCUCCCAUGGCAGUUCCAAGCUCAAGAAACGCAAGAUGUUGCAGACGGUGGAGAUAAAGGUGAGGAUAGACUGUGAAGGAUGCGAGAGGAAGGUGAAGAGCGCGGUGGAAGGAAUGAAAGGAGUGAGAUCUGUGGAGGUGGAGCGGAAGCAGAACAAGCUCACAGUCGUCGGAUACGUGGACCCCGCAAAGGUUGUGGGCCGCGUGGCUUAUCGGACGGGUAAGAAGGCAGAACUGUGGCCCUACGUUCCAUACGAUGUGGUGGCUCAUCCCUAUGCCCCCGGUGUCUAUGACAAAAGGGCCCCACCUGGCUACGUAAGAAACGUUGAUGACCCACAGAUCUCUCAGCUCGCACGUGCCAGCUCCACCGAAGUCCGCUACACCACUGCAUUCAGUGAUGAAAACCCCGCAGCUUGUGUUAUCAUGUGAUCCAUAAUAUAUAUAUAUAUAUAUAUAUAUAUAUAUAUUGCACUAGAUUGGGAGCUCCAAAUUCCGAUGGACAACUGUUUAUUACUACUAGUAUUCUCUUGCAUUGGCUCUUUUUGGAAAUAGAGCAACAAUUUGUUCUGAUUUUUUAGUGUAUUGUUUUGAAUCAAGUGUUAUAUGAUUAUCGAACAUUUGUCUGGUAAAAUAGAUUGAUUUUUCUGUCCUUUCUCCAAAUGCAGUGAGAGAACAUAUUUUCAAAUACAAUUG